AUGAGCCAAAAUAACAAGGACCAGUUGAUUCAUUCAUUGCGCACGCACAAGGUCAACACCAUCACGGAACUUCGCCGGAUUGAAAAGAUCUUCGCAUACCUGGACUCUGCGGAAGUUACCGAGCCCAUGACGACCGCCUGGGCUCACUACGUCAACUCGAACAAUCUUCUCAACGAACUUCGGGGAUUGACGCGCGACUACCCCUUCAGUUCCGAGUGCCUGGAUGAAGCGAAGGCGCUGGUGGUGCGGGAUCCGAGCAGUGUCCGGAGCUGGAACUACUGCUGGUUGGUAUUGGUGAAGAUUGAGAAAGAGAAUCUUCUGACCAAAUAUGCACGCGCUCUAGCAUCGAAGGCUAGCACCUGGGGAGGACGACAACCCACCCACGCCGAAUUCGACCGACUCGUCAGUGCCUGCGUCGUGGAAUGGACCCGAGCCCUCAGGCAGAUGCUCAGACAUUGGGACAAGCCACCCAGCACCACUGGACAAUGA